UUUAGCUUGGGUUCACACUGAUGCAGUGCGGAAUUCGCAGCGGUUUCUGUGCGAAUUCCGCACCGCAUCACAAUCGCACCUCAUUCAUGCGAACCGCUGCAGGUGUGUGUGUUAAGUUAACGACACCCCAAAAUUGGUUCGCAAAAUGCGGUGCGAUGUGCAGAAUCGUAUCGUAUGGGUGUGAAUACCCAUACCACAAAAAGAGUUCUGCAGCUUUUUGGUGCGGAUGCGGUGCGAUUUGAGCCAUAUAAAAUGCAUGGCUCCAAUCACACCGCACACUAUUUGCAUGUGAUUUUCACAGCAAUGCGCUGCGGUUCCUGUGUG